GCGGGCGGCCCCGCCCUCCACCCAGGCCCGCCCAGCUCCUUGGCGCGGGCGCCCUGCCACAGGUCCAACAGUGUCCCUGGCAUCGAGGACCAUGGCGAGGCUGAGCUGGGGAUACGGCGAGCACAACGGUCCUAUUCACUGGAAUGAAUUGUUUCCUAUUGCUGAUGGUGAUCAGCAGUCUCCAAUUGAGAUUAAAACCAAAGAAGUGAAAUACGACUCCUCACUCCGACCUCUCAGUAUCAAGUAUGAUCCCGCCUCAGCUAAGAUCAUCAGCAAUAGCGGCCAUUCCUUCAAUGUUGACUUUGACGACACAGAGGACAAAUCAGUUCUUCGUGGAGGUCCCCUCACUGGAAACUACAGGUUGCGGCAGUUCCAUCUACACUGGGGGUCAGCGGAUGACCAUGGCUCUGAACAUGUGGUCGAUGGAGUGAGGUACGCUGCUGAGCUCCAUGUUGUCCACUGGAAUUCAGACAAAUACCCGAGCUUUGUAGAGGCAGCUCAUGAGUCCGAUGGGCUGGCUGUCCUGGGAGUAUUUCUACAGAUAGGGGAACACAAUCCUCAACUGCAAAAGAUCACUGACAUUUUGGAUUCCAUAAAGGAAAAGGGUAAACAAACACGGUUCACAGAUUUCGACCUGUUAUGUUUGCUUCCGUCAUCGUGGGACUAUUGGACAUACCCUGGGUCUCUGACGGUCCCACCUCUUCUUGAGAGUGUCACGUGGAUUGUUUUAAAGCAACCUAUAAGUAUCAGCUCUCAACAGCUGGCCAGGUUCCGCAGCCUCUUGUGCACAGCUGAGGGAGAGAGUGCGACUUUUCUGUUAAGCAAUCACCGUCCACCACAGCCCUUGAAGGGCCGCAGAGUAAGAGCAUCUUUCUAUUAGCAGCUACCCAGUCGGCACACGGAUGUACCAAACACAAUGGAACUCAGACACAUUUGGACUAAUGGCUUUUCAAGAAUUUCAUGUUUGUGGAUUCCACUUGCCCAGCGCCUUUAGCACCACAGAGCAAACCAGAGGUCUGAAAUAACGUAACCCAUCACUCCUAGAUUUGUCCCAAUGGAUGUCCAAUUGCUAACUAUUGGAUGUAUAUUAAAAUCACCUGCUUCAGCCUUCCUGACAAUCAUGUCAGCCUUCCAAACCUCAGACUGUACUAAAGUUUGUUGUGGGCUUUGACUGAGCCUAUUCUACUCUAAAUAGUGUUUGAUAAAAACUUUAAAUUCAC